AUGCUCGACGCGGCUACCAGAGCACCCGGCGGGCUGGCGCGCUCGCUCGUCGCCGCCGCCUUCGGCGCAGCCGGUACGGUGAUCGGUGGCAUGCUCGGCCUCCUGUGGGGCUUCGUCAACCAGGACGGCCUGGUGCAGGGCGUGGUCGUCGGGGCGGUCACCGGGGCCCUCGUCUCCGUGGAGCUCGCCGACUCCCUCCUCAGGAUAUGGACCUGCGGCGACUGCUCCAUGGACGGGCGCAUCAAACGCACGGUACGCUUCGCAAGCCGCCAAGUUGGAGAUUCGAUCGCCAUUGACCAAGAUUGA